CGGGGCUUCCAGCGGCUCAGAGCUCAGCUUAUAAAACGGGCUUUACGCCUGCCAAGCCGAGUUAUUACAACAAACGACGCGCGUCAGCCUAGAAACCAAACAAACAAACCACAUACUCACAAAAUGAAAGUGUUCGCGCUGUGCUCCAUGCUCGCCCUCCUCCUGGCCGGAUCCGCUCAAUCCCUGCCCCAGAGCCGCGAGGGAGCCGCCUACACGAACGAGGCCAUCCGACAGGCCCAGCAGACGCUGCUCAUACCCAAGGAUGCCCAGAUCCAGAACGUCCAGGAGGGCAUCGAGCUGGGCGCCUACGAGCAGAUACCCGGCAACCAGCGCAUCAAUCUCUUCGAGAUCCUGGGCGACCAGGUGCCCUCCGAGGUGAUAAACAAUCUGCAGUCCCAGGUCGACCAGAUCGGUCGCAACUAAUCCGUUGGAUUACUGCCCCCUCGUCAUUGCAUUUCGCCCUCAUUGUUAAGUUUCUCAGUAAUAAAUGAAAACAUUGCCCGUAUUUAA